AUGUUUUCAGAUCAUCUUCGAUUAGUAAUGUUAAUGCCAUUUUUAUUACGUCAUUCAUUAGGCGUAUCUCAUAUCAAGAAUUCUAAAUUAGUUUCACUUCAGAUACGACUUACAGACUCAACAAAUCUGCGUCCAAGGACUCCAUUACCUUUACAAAUUAUAAAUACAGUUAUUAACUGUUGGGUAGCUGUUUCAAAGGCAUCUCGUUUAAGUUUCAGUUUCAGUUUUGAAUUUACAGAACAAAAAUAUGAAGAAUUAGAAAAGGCACUAAAAGUUGAACACAUUAUCUUGUUAAAGGUAAUAAACAAUAUCUAA